CUGGACAGGCCAAAGGCAUGUGAGGGAUGGAGGUUUCUGGAAGACAAGGAAACUCCUAAGCAGUGAUGCCUGAGGGGAAAGGAGGUCUUGGGUCUGAGAGGGGCCUGUGGGGGAUCCCCAUAAGUAGGGGCCCGAGGCAGGGUGCUGGGAUAGCCAUCUGGGAUAUGGGGGGACAUAUGGAAGAGGGUUUCAGGGACUUGAAGGAAUGGGGCGAGGGGCCUGGGGGUGGGAGAGGUGUUGGCCAAUCCUGCAUGUGUGGUCCUUGGCAGCAUCCUCCCUGGCAUGGGGGUGAAGCAGAACCUUCAGAGUGGGGGCAUCUUGCUGGGCUUCUUGGCUACCAGCCUCACGAUUCUGUCCACCACCACCAACUACUGGUUCCGUUACUCUGGGGGCCACAGUGGCCUGUGGCAGGAGUGUAACAGUGGCAUGUAACCCAACAUCCCCGGCCAGACCAUGCUGGCGGUGACUGGGGCGUUCAUGGUGCUAGCGGCGGGCUCCGGCAUCGUGGGCUUGGUGAUGGGGCUGCGGAUUCUGUGCCAAGAGGGCGACCCACGGGGCCAGACCACUAGCGCCAUCUUCUUCCUCUGCGGCCUGCUGCUGCUGAUCGCCUUGACAGGCUGCUAUAUAGUGAAGAAUAUGUGGAAAAACGACGUCGUCUUCUCCUGGUCCUAUUUUUUGGGGUGGCUGACUUUAUCCUUCUCUGUUCUCGCGGGCUUCUGCUUUCUGCUGGCGGACAUGAUCGUGCAGAGCACGGAUGCCAUCAGUGAAUUUCCAGUGUGCUUGUAACCGCAGGUGCUUGGCAGAAUAAAGGAACGGCUUCCACCGCA